AUGUCAACUAGAACAGCUAUACGAGAUACAUCAGCUGUAGGAGACAGUUUGCGGAAUUAUAUGGAUCUGUGUUGUCCUGUUUGUAGUCAGCAAACACGCCCUGCCCUGCCCCUCGAACUGUGCGCGUGCUUACUUCUCGAAACAACCUCUUCUAAUAGAAAGCUCGAAGAUAACAUAGGCCUAUCACUUGAAUUGGAAAACUAUAAGAUCGUCUGA